AUUAUGGCGGAGAUGCACGGCUGAAAUGAUGGACGAGGUUCGUUUUACAAGAGCAGGGCAUUCAAGAACUUCACCGGUUGUUCUUCUAGUGGCCAGUCUUUAAGAACGCCCCGACGGAGGGUUCUCAUCCGUCUUCAACAUUCGAUGUGCUGGCACGUGUACUUGGCUGCACAUCGCUUACUGAAGCAGAGCUACAUGUCAGCACUGUCGUCGCAACUCGUUGCCUCCUUUCGGCAUUUCGGCAUUUUCGCUUGUAUUUUCGCUCUCUGUGCGACUUCCAUAGCUAGUUUGGAAACGGCGUUCGGCCUGCGAGCUCGAGAAAUGAUCGUGGCAAACACAUCUGGUCUCAUCGCAGCUGUGACUUCUCCUGGGUGACACUUUGACAGUUGGGCGGUUUUUGAGCUAUUGCAUUCUGCGCUCAUCGGAUUUUGAGCCUGCUGUUCCCUCUGUCGAAUAGCCCGGGAUGAUAUAAUAACCCUGCAAUGGAGACGGCUUUAAGUUGUAUUCGACUCUCAGAGGUAUUAUGCGAAGCAGGCUUUCUUUCUUGCGGACGUCCAAAUGUAGGACACAGAAAGAAUGAGACCUUGAAAUGUAGCUUUCGAGAUGGUAUACGGAGAAGCACAAAUACGGAACGCCCGCUGUUACAUUUGUUUCGGCAUAAUUGGAGGCAGAGUGCACUGCGACUUCAGAGUGGCGUCGGGAAAUAUUCACUUUCACGAAGGGAUGGCAAAAGAGAGACCGUCUUAGUACGAGCAAAGUCUUCACCACCUGACAUGUUAUCUCCCGAGAGCCUUGAACAACAUUGUCUCAUCAAUGAAAAUACUUCAAAGGUCAUUCAGGAGAGCGAGUAUACCCUCCGGGAAGUCCUGGUCAAGUUACGGAAUGGAGGACCGGGUGACGGGAAAAUUGUAUGUCCACCGUCAAUGUCUGCAAAGGACAGACGUCGGGCCCAUGAGAUUGCCGAACGACUGGGACUGGGACAUGUGAGCGUGGGCCAGGGUAAGCAAAGAUGUUUCACCGCUUGGCGAUUGUCCGCUGCCGAGAGGCUCACAGUGUUUCGCAAGCUCCUCGACGUGGAAGAGGCAGCGUCUAGAGCAAGUUUUGCCCUCGACCAACCUUUGCAAUCUUGGAAGGAGUUGGAAGCUCAAGGAAUACUUCUUCAUAAAGCUUCAGUGGUGGAAAAGGAGGCUGCUUCUUUUGGCAGAGAGAGGUGGGUUCUGGAGGACGGUAUCGGUUCGGAGAGGGAAGGCCAUGUAUCUCGUUUUGCACAGCGUGCACGUCCUGGAAUGGCCAUUCGCUUAGCUGAGAAGGAUCCACUUGGAAAUUGGAUCGUGUCGGAAGGACAACCGCCUGGUAGAGUAACUUGGAGCAGAGGUGGAAAACUCUGUCUAGUUUUUGAUUACCCUCCAAACUCCAGCGAUGAGAUUAGAGAAGUAUGUGUGCUUCGUGUUCCUGACAGCACUUCAUUCGACAAAAUGCGCUCUGUUAUUGGAGACUGCGAACGAGCUGAGAACGGUAUGAAAAUGCUGCUGAACGCUCUUCUAGAAGAAGGUAUAAGAUGUGUUUCUGGAUCUAGCCCCUCAAAUAAGCUGAAUAGAGGAGCGAGUAAGGUCACAACUUCAACUACAACUGAAUGCCAGGAGAAUGAUACGGAGAGAGAACAACACUUUGACAAGGGACUCAAUGCCGAACAAUGUGCUGCUGUCAAACUCUGUACUGAAGACUGUGAGUCGCCAGUUGUCCUUAUUCAUGGACCUUUUGGCACCGGCAAAACUCGAACCUUGGUAGAGGUUGUCCUGCAACAAGUAAAAUCAGGAAGAAGAGUGCUCGCCUGUGCGGCAUCCAAUGCUGCUGUUGAUAAUUUGGCUCUUGCUCUUUUAACAGCUGACCCUUCUAUACCUCUAGCUCGUGCUGGAGUAACAGAAAGAGUUGCAUCUGCAGUUGCUACGCACACUCUGGAAACUCUGCAGGAUGCCCAGCCUGAAGCUGCUAUAGCAAAGAGAUUGCGGAAAGAGGCUUAUUCCAUGCACCUGACAGCGCAGAAAUGGACACGAGCUGGCGAUGGUGGAGAACGGAGGCGGAAGGCCCGGAAGGAAGUGAAUGCGCUUUACAAGGACGCUCGAAGACUGGAACAAGUUUGCGCGGCUUCUGUGUUAAGUCGAACGAAAGUUCUCUGCGGAACGUUGACUGGUUUUGCAUCAUCACUCCAGGAUUUGGGAAAUUCCGAAGAUACACACUUCGAUUGUGUAAUCGUUGACGAAGCAAGCCAGGUUAUCACUCCAGCAUUACUUCUGGUUCUUCCACAUCUGAAGUAUCCUGAAAACUUUGUCAACAGUUCAAGGUCUCCACUCCUUGUGCUGGCUGGCGAUCAUCAACAGCUUCCUCCCACGGUCCUUUCUGAGGAUGUUGACGAAAAAGGUGGAGGUUUAGAGGCGACGCUCUUUGAGGAAUUGAUGGAGCGGGACGGAGGAGGUCUUGGAACAAGGCUUGAGGAAUUAGUAUCCAGUGCGGACUCUUGGGAUCCAGCCAAGGUUGCAAUAUUGCGUCAGGCGCAUAUCAUAGCUACUGGCGUGGACAAAGCAGUACAACCAGUUGUGCAAAGAUCAAAUAUGGGUUCUAUUUCAGCUGCUUUAAGACAGCAGUACCGCAUGCCUGCACAGUUGAUGGCAUUUCCCUCCGCUGCUUUCUAUGGUGCUGAACUCGUUGCAAGACAUCGGGCCCCAGAAUCCGUAGUCUCAGAAUCGAAGGAAAUGUUCGCCAUACUUGAUCGAGGUCUACUCCUCGAAGUAAUAGAUACGGCUGGUGCGGGAUUCGAGGAGGAAAAAAAUGGCGAAUCUUCUGCUAGACAUGUUCGGUCAAGCAUGGCACUUGAAAUUUAUUCUGUCAGUAAUUCUGGGCAGGCAGACUUGACAGCACGUGUAGUGCGUGAACUCCUGAGGUCACAUGCCCAUUCAGCAGGGGACAUCGGGGUGGUCACUCCGUAUUCAGCACAAGUAACGUUGCUGAGAGAAUUGAUGGCUGAGGAGGUCAAGGCAGGGCUUGAGAUCGAUUCUGUGGAUGCAUUUCAGGGACGAGAGAAGAACACGAUUGUUCUGGACACAGUUCGUAGCAACAUUGAUGGAACGGUAGGGUUUCUUAGUGACUUUCAUCGACUGAAUGUGGGAAUAACAAGAGCCCGCCAAAAGCUUGUAGUUAUUGGAGAUUCUGCAACGCUUUCAACAGAUCAGAUAUGGGCGCUCUUUUUUGAAUGGGUAUCGGAGUAUAGGGACCGGCCUGAGACCCGCAUAAGGUAUCGUUCAGUUUUUGAACUCAGUGACGAAGAUGGCUGGUAGUAGUAUGUACCCUGUUGUUGAGUGCAUACUCUAGACGGUUCAAAACCAAACAGUUGAUAAACUUUCAAUGAAGGUAGCGACGCCAGGUACAUAUACAAUGCAAAGGAGAAGAACAGAGCAAGAGCUCGUGGAUCCAUCUAAUCCACGUGAACUUCACUGCGAUUCACGAGUGAAGUGCCCGCUCAGCUCCUUGGAAGAAAAUCAUGGGAAAGGUACAGUCCGAAAUUAGCUCCAAAUGAAGUUAAUAUUCAAGGUUAUAGAGAUCUCCAACCUUUUAUAUUAAGCAUCAUGCCUUCAUGUAUUUGUGAAUUAUGCAACAAGAGUAUUUGAACUGGUCAUUUCUAACUAAAUAAUAGUAACGCUGAUCAUAUUCAAUCUCUUUGAUAAUGUGUUCAAUGUAUAGCAUAUAAGUGGUGAAGCAAUUGCCCAUUGUCUUAUCAAAUCAAGUCCUUUAAAGAAGUCAAUCAUGUAAUUUUGUUCCUUACAAAAUUAUAAUACAAUGAAAAUCUUCAUCACAUAUUAUUCAAAAGACGAAUGCGUCCCUAACAAGUGGUUAUCAUCCAACUUUUCAUUGUGAUUACCGCAAUCAACCAUGUUUACUUUGGAGAAAUAGUUAAUGACAAAGUGAGUUAUCUACAUUGAGAUUGAUAUAAAACUAGAAUUUACAAAACAUAUUUAUGUUGUGAAU